UUCAAUCUCUCUGUAUUUUUUUUUCUUUCUUUUGGUUCUCUGUUUUGUUCUGUUUCUGUGCAUCUGUUAAAAGUAUCAAUUUUCAGUGCGUUAAAGAUAUUGAAACAGAGACGAUUCUUGUUUGUCAAUUAUCUCUGUGUUUCUGUGAUUCUUCUGUUCCAUUCGAUUCAACCCUGAAGCCAAAGAACAACAAGGAUAAGCCUUUUAACUAGUUUUGUGCGUUGGAUCAUCUGUUUAAGCUCGGCUUAAUCUUACCUUCAACACUUCACAAGGCUGCUCUUGCGUUAGACUGUGUUUGAAGAAGAACCAAAGAUGUCAUCGGAUGAGAAGAACCUUAUAGAGAUCUUGGAGGAAGGCCACAAAGUCGAUAUAGUCAAGUACAUCGAUUACGUCAGUGCUCCUCAAGCCGGUGCCAUAGCCACAUUCUCUGGCACUACGAGAGACAUGUUCGAAGGCAAAGCAGUCUUGGAGCUAAGGUACGAAGCAUACGUACCAAUGGCCACGCGAACCCUCACCUCCAUCUGCACAUCCGCUAGAUCAAACUGGGACAUCCACAAGAUCGCUGUCGCUCACCGUCUAGGGCCAGUUCCCGUUGGAGAAACCAGCGUGUUCAUCGCGGUUUCAUCUGUUCACCGUGGGGAUGGCUUAGACGCUUGCAAGUUCUUGAUCGAUGAGCUAAAGGCAACGGUUCCGAUUUGGAAGAAGGAGGUGUACACUAAUGGAGAGAUCUGGAAGGAGAAUAGUGAGUUUCUGGAAAAGAGAGACGGUCUAGUGAAGAAAGAACAUAAAAGAAGUUGCUGUGGAAGUAAAGUUAGAGUACAAGAAGAUGAAGAAGAGCAUAAAGAUAACAGUUCUUGAUUACUUAUAGCAAAGAGCAAUGUUUUGUUUUUUUUUUCUACUCUCAAUAAGCAAAUUGUCUUAAAAACCACAUUGUUGAAUCUAAAGACUUCAAAUUCCAAUUUA